UUUCCACUGUGACCUAAACAGAAUUCACAUCCAUUUUUUGUUGUUCAUUUGCUUGAGAAAGAAUGAAGACUACGAUGAGAAUGUAGCAGUUUGCUGGACGUGGAUGCCGUCUGUUUUUCAAAAGGCGCCUGUGAAUUCUUCAGCUGUUUUCCACUCUUUGUUUUGACCUCGUCAGCUUGGUUGCAUAAGAAAUACCCGAAGAUGCAAAGACCAGAGACUGGAAAGAGGCUGCGUUAGUCAACAGAAUUUCUCUUCAUCAAACGACAGAAGGAAGCUUCCCCCUCGGAGGUAAAUGAUGAGGCUGCUCACGUUUGCUGCGUUGCUUGUGACGGUAUACUCCAGGGACACAUUUAAGGGGCAUCAGGUUCUCCAGAUCACUCCAAAGGAUGAAGCUCAACUGGCUUUUCUCAAAGAGCUGGAGGACAUAUUAGAAUUAGAGCUGGACUUCUGGAGGCGAGUGACGGCCGUGUCAUGUCCUGUGCACGUCAGAGUACCUUUCCAAUUCCUGCAGUUUCUUAAACCUUUGAUGGAGAGCAAGGACAUCAGUUAUUUCACCAUGGUUGAUGACUUGCAGGCAGUGCUGGAUGAGGAGCAGAAAGAAAUGGAGUUGUCUGCUUGUGCCCAAAAGCCUUUAAACACAGAGAGUUUCAACUACUCCAGGUACCACACACUCAGUGAGAUCUACAGUUUCCAAGACAUGUUGGCGGCUGAGAACCCCAACCUCGUCACCAACCUAGUGAUUGGUCAAAGCUACAAAGGCCGUCCUCUGAAUGUACUAAAGUUCAGCACCGGAGGAACCAACCGCCGUGCCAUCUGGAUCGACACAGGAAUCCAUGCCAGGGAGUGGAUCACACCGGCCAGCGGCAUCUGGUUUGCUAAGAAGAUUGUGACUGAUUAUGGAAGAGAUCCCAUUCUCACUGACAUCCUCAACAGCAUGGAUAUCUUCCUGGAGAUUGUGAUCAACCCUGAUGGAUAUGAAUAUACUCACUCUACUAAUCGUUUGUGGCGCAAGAACAGGAAGCUGAACCCCAGAACUAACUGUGUUGGGGUCGAUCUCAACAGAAACUGGGAUUCUGGGUUUGGAACUCGUGGUGCCAGCAGCAAUCCUUGCUCUGAGACUUAUCAUGGACCCAGAGCUCACUCUGAGUCGGAGGUCAAGUCCAUCAUGGACUUUGUGAAGACCCAUGGGAACAUCAAGGCUUUUAUCUCCAUCCACUCCUACUCUCAGCUGCUGAUGUACCCUUAUGGCUACACCAGAAACCCUGCAAAGGACCAGGCUGAACUGGACCGUUUGGCUAGGAAGGCUGUCACAGACCUGGGCUCCUUGUACGGUACUCACUAUAGAUACGGGAGCAUCAUCAGCACCAUUUACCAAUCCAGUGGCGGCAGCAUUGACUGGGCCUACGACCAGGGCAUCAAGUACUCCUACACCUUUGAGCUGAGGGACACCGGUCGCCACGGCUUCCUGCUGCCUUCCAGUCAGAUCGUUCCGACGUCUGAGGAGACUUGGCUGGCUUUGAGGACCAUCAUGGAUCACACCCUCAAAGACCCAUACUGAUGUGUGCAUUUGCUAAUAUUAAACUUGUGAGAAGCUUUGGA